AUGGGAGGCCUGUCACAUGGUCCGGAGUUCACUUCCACUUCCACUCCCACUUCAAGUCACCGUCGUUUGUUAGGUCGACAAUCCCAUGAUCUGAGUAUGGUGCGGAGACUUGCAGAUAUCAUGCACAUAACUCCUCCGAUGAAUCAUACCAUGGCUCACGAAGAGAGAUUAGAGAGUGUAAGCCCAAAACACCCUUCGAAUGAUCUCGUUCGUCUGGUUACAGAUGUUUUUACACUAGUGGUAUUAUCAGUUCCAGUAUUAACAGUAGCAUCAAGAGAUGAAGAGAAAGAGAACGAGAAAGAGAAGAAGAAAUCACAUACCCCCACCACCCCUACGUAUACCUCACCCACCCACCACUCCACAACUCCUUCCCCGCCCCCGUUGACCCCAAAGCAUCGCACACCGGUAUUCCGAACACACAAAAGCAAUCAGCAUCAUAUCUUUAAUUGUAAUGGUACCGGUAGUCCAUCCAUUACUCGUACUAGUGGAUCGGGAUAUGAUUAUUGGUGUUGGGAAACAGAUGGAGAGAUGUAUAUUUGCGAGACAGAGCAAAGAUUAAGAAGAGAAAUUAAGGAAGGAUAA